UUUCUCUUAGGCCACCGUCCGGCCCGCCCACCAGCUCGGUCGCUUCUCGGGCGAGCAUUCCUGCCAGUUCUCGCGAGAGGUCGUCAACCGCCUGCUCAACUCGGACACCGUCAUGGCGGCGCUGACUGGUUCUCCCACAGCUGCUGGUCUCCCUUCCUUGGCGGCGGCAACAACAACCACAACAGCGGCCGCCCCGAGCCCUGCCCCGAUGGGCCCGCCGGGCUACAGGCCCUUUGAGCCGGAGGCGCUGGGGCUGAGUCCGGCCUGGCGGCUCACCAGCUUCGGAGAGCUGCGGGGCUGAGGCUGCAAAGUCCCCCAGGAGACGCUGCUCAGGCUCCUGGAGGGACUCGGCGGGCCCCGGGCCGGGGUCGGGGAGGGGGAGGCCGGAGGGCCCACUCCCACCCUCGGCAUUGGAAUGGAUUCCUGUGUGAUCCCCUUGAGGCAUGGGGGUCUCUCCCUUGUACAAACCACAGACUUCUUUUAUCCAUUGGUGGAGGACCCUUAUAUGAUGGGCCGUAUUGCGUGUGCCAAUGUAUUGAGUGACCUCUACGCCAUGGGCAUCACAGAGUGUGACAACAUGCUUAUGCUGCUGAGUGUGAGCCAGAAAAUGACUGAGGAGGAGCGGGAGAAAAUCAUGCCACUGCUAAUCAAGGGCUUCCGAGAUGCUGCAGAGGACGGUGGCACCUCAGUAACUGGUGGGCAGACUGUCUUGAAUCCUUGGAUCAUUGUUGGAGGUGUUGCAACAGUUGUAUGUCAACCCAAUGAGUUCAUCAUGCCUGACAGUGCUGUGCCAGGAGAUGUCCUUGUGCUGACUAAGCCACUGGGGACUCAGGUGGCUGUGAAUGCUCACCAGUGGCUAGAUAAUCCAGAGCGGUGGAAUAAGAUUAAGCUGGUGGUCUCCAAAGAAGAUGUUGAACUGGCCUACCAAGAAGCCAUGUUUAGUAUGGCUAUGCUGAACAGGACAGCUGCCAGUUUGAUGCACACCUUCAAUGCUCAUGCUGCAACAGACAUUACAGGCUUUGGGAUUCUGGGCCAUGCACAAAACUUAGCCAAGCAGCAGCGCAGCGAGGUUUCAUUUGUCAUCCAUAAUCUGCCCAUCAUUGCCAAGAUGGCUGCUAUCAGCAAAGCAUGUGGCAACCGGUCUAGGCUUCUGCAGGGGACAUCCCCAGAGACAUCUGGGGGGCUGCUGAUCUGUCUUCCACGGGAACAGGCUGCCCGCUUCUGUGCAGAGAUCAAGUCUCCUAAAUAUGGAGAGGGCCACCAAGCCUGGAUCAUUGGCAUUGUGGAGAAGGGCAACCAGACUGCUCGCAUCAUUGACAAGCCUCGCAUCAUUGAAGUGACACCCCGUGGGGCCAGUGCCUCUCCUCAGGAUAACAAUUCUAGCGCCAGCCCUGAAGCUGCCUCUUGAGGUGGCAAAAUGGCUUUCUUCUAUUCACUGUAGGCUCUGGAGUUGAAACGGGGAGGGGGCACUUUCUGAGACUCUGGAUCAGUGUGCAUUUGCCUUCUACAGCACAAUUAUCCCUAGACUCUGUCUCCUUUCUGGUUGGUUGGUUGCUGGUUCCUUCCUGCCAUCUUGAUUAAUGUCAUUAGUUUUGAAGCCAUUUCCUGCAUGCAGGUAAAUUGCUGGCACUGUUGAUUUGGAGAAGAUGGUAACUUGAAUUAUUUAUUGGAAUAGUUCUGCCUGUUCUCAGGCUCUCCCAGCUUUUGGUCAGACUGAGCAGCUAGACCAAAAGGAGGGUGGGUGAAGAAGCCAUUUGGUUGGGCCAGAGGCCUCUCCUCUCUUCAUGAAGCACCUCCCUUAAACCCCAAUGAUGGGCUUGGAGGAGCAGAAGAACCCUAGAGGAGCAGCACCAAGCUCAGCUUCAUGGAUUGUUCCUUGGGUUGUAAAUUAUUGGUGAUUUGAGUUAAUAAAAGAUUGAUUUCUA